GCAGCAUCUCCUUUCCUUCAGCGUGAGCGGGGAUGAGGGGACCAACUUUGCUGGUUCAUUUAAUUUUUAUUGCUGGCAGUCGAUUUAAUUUGUAUGAAUUUCACCCCGUUAUUAUUUUAGGUCACUUUAGUUGUUGGCUUUUUAAAAAAAUUGCGUUAGUGGUUGGGGGAGGGGAGUUGUGCGCGUGAGUAAUAUUGUUAUAAGCUGCUUUGUCUACAAGGUUCCUGUGUAAAUGGGACAAACUGGAAAUAAUAAUAAUAUUUAUUGGACCAUGGGGAAUUCAAUCACAGUUCAUCUAGAAAUUGCUGGGUUUAGUUGGUAGGGUCAGAAGUUCCGAAAAUAAUGGGGGUAGUGUCUGGUGUUUCUGUUGUACUUGCCCCCUUGGCGAAACGAGGCAAAGAGCAGGUAGACCCUGUAAAUAGGAGAACUGGUAAAUUUCUUUGGCUGGAGCUGGGAUGUCCUGCAUUCAGGGAUGGCUCUCAAUAUAAAGGACAACACUUUGAAAUCAAACAGCACUUGGGAAAAGAAUAUGAAUGGGGGCUUGCCAGAGAAGACAGCUUUGUGAAGGGUGGGCAGCAGUGCCUUCAUUCACCAGGAACAAAAAAAAAUGUGCUAAGGAUGAUCAUGAAAUCUAUCCCAUUUUCUCUUCAUCCAGCAGACAGAGAAGUGGAGUGGGUGGGAUAUAGGGAUGGCGAAAGAUACAGAAAGAAAGAGAUCCGGGCUAUGGCAAGCACAGCCCACUCAUGGCCAGCCUAGGAUGCAAAUCUGCUUGUUCCUUUUUGCCUGCCGGGAGACAGAAACUAGCCAAGGCUGGGUGGAGCGUCUGAUUCCUGAAGCUGGUCAAAACACUUCUAGCUCUUUGUCUUCCCUCAGGGUACAUCUGUUUGGUCCUCGCUCUUUGGUUUCCUCAGAACUGGGGGACAGCAUUUUGAAUUGGGAGGCCAGUCAUCAGUUCAACUAGCUGCAGGCUGUUUCUGUUGAAUCAUACUUCAGUGCCUGAUGAUGAGUCGUGGAUAUUCUGAAAACAAUAAUUUCCCUUAUGACACUAAUCAAAUGGUUUUGGACAUGAUCCUCUGCUCUUUAAUUGGGGUUCCUCAGCCUAUCAACUGGGAAAGUGUGGCAAGGCUAGUGCCAGGCUAUUCAUCCAAAGAAUGUGCAAAAAGGUUUGACGAAUUGAAAAGCAGUGGAAAUUCUCCAGUUGAUAACCAUUAUAAUCCACUAAUGGCCAGUGGUGGAAGUCCUGUGGAAACACUAGCCACUUAUAUAAAAUCCUCACUUCUUGAUGCCCAGGGACAGUUACAGGCGCCUCCUAGAGAACAAGAUGCUCUUUCUAUGAAUGGAAGGCCAAAUGUAGCUUCCUCAAGGAAUUGCUCUUCAGAAAGUGAGAAAUGCCCUGCACAUAAAAGUGGAGAAAAUGCUGAUGAAACGCAAGGGCCAAAUAUGGUGAUCCAUGUGUGUGAUGAAGCAAAAAAUCUGAAGCAAGAUUUUGUUUGCCCACGCGAUCUUUUGAUUUCUGAAAUGAAGUACUUUGCUGAAUAUCUGUCAAUGGAUGCCCAGCGCUGGGAAGAGGUGGACAUUUCUGUUCACUGUGACGUUCACAUCUUUAACUGGUUGAUAAGAUAUGUUAAAAGGAACACUAAGGAGUAUGAGGUGCAUGAAAUCCCUGCCUUAGAGCCAAGCAAUGUCAUUUCAAUUCUCAUCUCCUCAGAAUUCCUGAAGAUGGAUUCCUUGGUGGAAAAAUGCAUUCACUAUUGCCACAAAAAUAUGAGCGCUAUCGUAGCCACGCCAUGCAACAUGAACUGUAUCAAUGCUAAUCUCCUGACACGCAUAGCUGAUCUCUUCACACAUAACGAAGUGGAGGAGGUGAAGGACAAGAGAGAUAAAUUUAAGAGCAAACUGUUUUGCAAGAAGAUAGAAAGGUUGUUCGAUCCCGAGUACCAGAAUCCAGAUUCUCAGGGCAAUGCAGCAACACUAUAUAGGUGCUGUUUGUGUAAGAAACUUCUAAUUAAGGAAACAGAAAGAAGAAUCCCAUGUAUUCCCGGAAAGAUCAACGUGGAUCAGCAUGGAAAUAUUAUCUAUGUUCACAUAAGAGACAAAUCUUGGGAAAUCCAUGAAUACUUGCUGAGUCUUUUCGAAGAACUGAAAUCUUGGCGAGAUGUGUACUGGCGUCUUUGGGGAACUAUCAAUUGGCUGACCUGUUCGAGAUGUAAUCAAACAUUCCUCUGUACUGAAUUUUCACAUUGCCGGUAUCACACUCAGCCAGUUCUCUACCCGGGCGUGGCAAGUGCUCUUGGUUCCUCUGGCACUGGAGUCUAUUCCUGCUGUAACCAAAAGGUUCUUAGAUUUGAUCCUGCUCCACUUCCAAAAGGGUGUAAAGUGAGGGAUCAUGUGAUCGGUCUCCCUGCUGGAGGCGAAGGUGGGGAUGCUAUGCCAUAUCGGAUUGCCAAGAUACUGAAAGACCUGUGUCAGCAUAGAAAUGUCAUAGUUGUGCCUUUUGAAAAAGAUCAAAACAGUGAUUCUGGAAUUGGGCUGUGUGAAGAGAAGAGUAUUGAAUGUGAUGUGCUUUUGGAGCCAAAUUCACCGUGGGGUCCCAAAACAGGAGAAAUUAAUGCUUUCCUGUCUCUGAAAAACUGGACUCUGCAGCUGAAACAGCAGUUGUUGCUCUCGGAAGAUGAUGAGUAUACAACCGGGUCUGAGGUUACUGAGGAUGAAGUAGGUGAUGAAGAGGAAGUGUACAAGAAACCAGGAAGAAAAGAGAGGCCAAAGAAGUUAACCAAACAGCCAAAGAAGCAAGGGUCUUCUCCCAGCAUCCAAAAGAAGGAAAAGGUAUUAGAGAAGUCUAACUCUCGAGAUGCAUCUCCUUUCAUUGUGAGCAUGCAGCAGAGUAAAUGGGAUGCUUCCAGAUCACUGAGGUUCAACCAAGAUGCUCAAAGGGAAGAAGAUCAACGGAGAAUGGCUGAGACAACCGGACACCUAAUAAAAAUGAGGCUGGGAGAACUUGACCGAGCAAAAUCAAAAGAGAACAAAGAAUCUGCAGCUGGAAUUUAUGCAAGGCUCGAAGCUCAGAUCAGAGCAGCAGCGCAAGUCAACACUCGCCAAAACAUCCCAGAAAAAAACUUAAGGUCUAAAAACCGCUUUGGCCAAGGCCGUCCAACAUAACAAAGAACCUUACUCCAGAACAGAAGCCAAAGCACUUUCUGCCUCCUCGGACUGCACUGGACUUCUGCUCUCGGGGACACAUCUUCCUAAAGCUUUGAAGUUCCUUAUUUAUUACCAUGUGCCAUGCAAUUUUUUUAUUCUGUUUCAAUGGGUGAAUGCAGAUUUUCUCGUAUGCCUAAGUUGUAAAUAUGCUGUUUCUUGUUUGAAACAGAAGGGUUUUUUUUUGGCAAAGCAAUGGUACAUUUAUAAAUGUCGCAGAAAGACUUUGAAGUGCUCACUUCAUUGAGGAGAGUUGGGGAGAGGCACUAAGGAUGGGUGAAUUUCGUAUGCAUGUGGUGCUGCUGCAUUUUGAGUUAACCAGCUGAUACUCGGUUGCAUCUGUCUUCAUUAUGUCUUGUGUUUGUAUUGAAGGGCUAGUGCUGAUCUAGCGAUGCUGGAACUCACGUAAUCUAGUUAACUGGCUGUUGUGGGCUUUCUGGGCUGUGUGGCUGUGGUCUGGUAGCUUCAGCUCAUAAUGUUUCGCCCACCUCUUUCAGGUGAAACGCUAGCAGCCAAACCUACCAGACUAUGGCCACAAAGCCCAUAAUACCCAGAACAGCCAGUUAAUUCUGGUAAUGAAAGCCUUUGACAAUACAAUCUAGUUAAAGUUUGCACUGAGCUGGACGGCUGGGCUUUUGAGAUGCUGCUCUUUUUCUCACCCUAGGGAGAUAUUCUAGGUUCCGAUAAGCAACUUCUUUACCACUGUCUGCUGUAAUUUCCUUGAAACUUGAUUUAUUUCUGCAGUAAGCCAUGCCCAGUGUACAAUGCAAUAGUGUUGCCACAUCCAGCCCCUGGGGGCCAUGUUCAAGGUGCUUCCAGUUACCAGCUUUGGCACCUGUAGUGCUCAAAACAGGAAUGCUUCUGGAAAAGCUGGGGCUGCAGCAUCUACGGCACCCAGUGUGUAUCCUGCAGUAAGGGAGCAAUAUGGGCCAAACUGAAAUAUAGAAUAUGCACUCCAACAGUGAAAAAAUAGCUUGUUUGUAUUUUAAGUCCUUAGAUUUCAUGUCCUUCGCCUAAAAGAAAGUUAAAACAAAUAAGCUCAGCAGAGACCAAUUAGCUCCCCAAAAUUAGACUCAAAAUGUGUCACAAAAAAGUGUCUGGCAGCUCCUUCUGCCCCCCCACCCUCCCUUUGCAAAGGAAAAUCUCAACAUUCUUGGUCAACUUGUUCUGAUCAACCUGGAACAGCUUGUGAAAACGUGAAUCUUGUCCUUGCUGUGGAUACUUACACAGUGAGGAUAAUAUCGAAGAACUGCAGCAAAGGGAAAAACAGUUUGUCUGAUGCAUCCUAAAAGUAUUUAAACUGAGAAAUCAAACAUUAGACUUACCUGUAUGAGCUUAGCAGGAGGACAUCCCUGAGUGAGUUGCUGUCAGUGGGAGGACAGUCUUGAGUAACUCUUCCAAUCUGUUCCAAGGGGCAGGCAAGGCCAGAAAAGUACUGACAGAGUUCUGAUCGGAGUAGUGGGAGAGGCUUUCCAAUUUCGGGAUGUACCAAAGUGUACAGAGGCCUGCAUGUAUGAACAACCACCUGCAUGUAAAAUAGCUUUUAAAAUUGCAUCUCAAACGAAAUAAAGAGUAACAGAAAAAAAAAGGAGAAGAGGCAGCCCUAGCACUUAGCCUGUACUUGCUGAAACUCUGAAAGAUGCCUGUGGACAGUGAUGAUCCUGUGAGGGAACGGGUGCACUUCCAGCUGCCAUGUUCUUGCUCAGCCACUAGACAAGUGACCCUCGUAAAACAUCCUACAGCUAGGAUGCAUCCCACAGGGGGCACCUUCCUGAGCCACUGGGAUGCGUCAUAGCUGUAGGGAUGUUUUACAAGGGUCACUUGUCCAGUGGCUGAGAAAGAACAUGCUGAUGGACUGGCCUCCUGAACACUGCAUCUGAGGAUGCCCAGGUAGCCAGUGGUCUUUAUACCUCACAAAAAUAAGGCAGCCCUACAAAGUCCAUUUGCUGGGCUGGUGAUGGGGAUUUGCAGUGACUCCCUGCCUGAGCCCUUGCAAAGCUGCUGCUAGACAGAGUAGGUAACACUAAGCUGGACCAAUCACGCCUCUUAGCAAAGGGGAUUUCACAUGCUCACAGGAGUAUAGCUGCAGCAUAGCUCUGUGGAUGAAUGUGCCAAAAACGAGCAAAGUGCUGCUGCUCAACUCUGGCUUGUCUUUCUAUUAUCACAGUGAAAAGUUGACAGUGGAGCAAAAAGGAAUUGUAUUUUCAUCUGUAUGUGAAGACAUUUUAGUGGGCAUUUAAUUUUGCUCAAGAACUGCAGAAUGUCCAUUCAUACAUUUUACAACUUAAGUGAAUUGAUGCGGUAGGUGCGUUAGUCCCAAACUAAUCACAACACUAAGGGAAGGAACGUGCUAAUGGUACAUACCACAAUUUUAUUAUUUGGUUUGCUGUGAGCUUUAAAAAAAAAUAUACACAUCUCUCAUGUAGCAGAAAGUCCUAAUUAUGAAUGGGCCUUUCCACACCUAAUGUCUUAUUUUGUCUUUUAUCAAGUACACUUUUUAUUCCUGUCUCUUUGAAAUAAAUGCCUGAUGAAUACA